UUAAUGUAAAAAAAAUACGUACCACUCCAUUUCUUUUCUUUACUCUCCGAAUCACUCAAUCCAAAGUGCUGCGAACCAGACGCGAAUGAAGAAAUCUGAUCAGUUCGCGAACUCAACUUUGAUUUCAGAGAGAAAAACUAGUUCGUAAUACAAGAAACAAGAUCGUGAUGGCUUUGGAUUGCGACUACCAAAUCUAGGUUCAGUCCUUGAUUGUGAAGUCAAAUUUGUGGCUUCGGAUCAAGUCGAUCAGACUUGUGAUGGAAACUUUUGGUGAGACGAUCUAGGGUUCGCACCUAAGAAUUAGGGUUUAGAUCCAGAACCAGGUAUGUUCCUCCUUUAUAACUGAAGAACUGUAUGUACAAGUAGGAACAACUAAAAUAGCAAAAAAGAAAUAAAAUAAGUUAAAAAGUCAAAACUGUAUGUACAAAAUAGGUUACAACUACUCAUUGUAGCACUGGAAUGAAGCACUGUUAAGAUACAGGUCUUGAACUUCAGCCAAAAUGGACCAGCAGGCAACGUCACCACACAUUCACUACCUAAUCAAGGCAUCAGCUGAAAGGCGAAAAGCCACAAUAUAAAUUUCGGACAAAUGAGUCAACAGAUCAACCAAUCAGCAUGAAGGCAACAUCAAGAUCAAGGUCGCAAUUAAAAUCGAAAUGCAACACUGAAGAAUCAACACUAGUUUGUAGUACUUCCAAGCCACGAACUUCGAAGUUGAAUGUCCUUGUAAUUCUGUCUCAUUUACUGGAGAAAAGGGCUCAAGGAUCUUUCUCAAAGGAGAAAGUUCUGACAGAGGAGUAUGACCUUGUACACCAAGCUCUUUUUACUGACCUGGAUGAUCAAAGUGGAUGGUUUUAUCAUCUUUUGCUUCUUGAGAAAACAGUUAAAGUGGAGAAUCCUCUGUUGGUUUCUACCUGGCCACCUCAUGGUUCUAAUCUUAAUGUAUCAGCAGAUGGUUUCCGGGAUACUUGUGCUUCGUCUCCUAUCACAGGUUUCCAUCUUAAUAGUGGGAUAAUUCCACUCAUUCUUUAUUUGAAUGAAGCAGUUGAAGGUGUUAGCUCAUCUACAAUAACUGUGCAAUCUGUACAUAACACAAAUAAAGAUUUAAUUUGGUCACCACUUUCAAGUAACAACUCUGGGAGUUCCCAAGCUUGGGUAACACAUUUAACUUUUCACGAGGAGAAUCUCCAUUCCUUACAUACUCAUCCAAUAAAGGUCAGCCUUGGACAUUCUCAGGGAAUCAUGUGUCUGAGUGGAUUUCACCAUAGCCAUCCUACUCAUUUUGAACGUACAGUUUUAAUACAACCUCAUGGUUUGCAACAUGCUGAAAUGAAAAGUGCAGAGAUGAUUUCAUGGGGAGAUGAUAAUUUUCAUACUGGUGAAACACAUCUUCUGGAACCAACCCAAAUUAAAAUUUUCGAUCAACUGAGGAAUAGUGAGGUGAAUAAGUCAACAGCUUCUAAGUGGAGCACUGAGACUAUAGUUAAUGAGAUAGCUCUUUUCCAGGAAUUGCCGUCAGAGAUAAACUGGAAAAUUGGAAAGCUUAUGCGUGCAGAAUUGUUGACUGCACAUGAUGCAAUGAUGUCAUAUGAUAAAACUCCAGAGACAUGCAGGAUGGUCCAUUCUGAAGAAGUUAAAGAAUUAUAUAGUGAUCUUAUGACAUUGGACCCGCCUCAUUCUCAAUACUACAAGGAUGAAUACAGCUUAGUUGUGUUAAAGCAGCUGACAUCCAGUCCGGAAUCUUUGCUGAGGCAUUGUUCUCAUUACAGGGACUCAGCAUCAUCAGGCACCAAUAAUUAUAUCUGUUCACGACUUGGUAAUCUUUCAUUGUCACAUAUUGGGUCUAUUGAGAAAUUAUUGUGGGUCCAAAUGUUAGACCUCAGCCACAACCAACUUAGCUCAAUUGAAGGAUUGCAGGCUAUGCAGCUUCUUUCUUGCUUGAACCUUAGUAACAACAAAAUGGGUAGUUUUUCUGCCUUGGAGCCGUUAACACUGCUAAAGUCAUUGAAUGUGUUGGAUAUCUCAUACAACGAAAUCGGUGCACACGCUGUCGACACAAGAAGGUUUCUUUAGUGGACUGGAUAAAAGUAAUUGUGGUCCGAAAUGUUGGGCUGUUGCAAUUAUGUUGGUUCAAUAGCGAUUGAUGACAGCAGUUUGGCUUGAAUGAACUUUACAAAGAGAUUAAACAAAUCAAAAUCAAGAGUACAUUGAAGAAACUGAUCGAGUCAACGAAACGCAAAAUAGCAUGGAUGUAGUUGAAUGUGCAGGCUGCAGUGGCCUCAAGUAUCUGAACUGUAAACAUUUGGCAAUGGAGAAAUGGAGAACUUUGAUCAUCAAAGUGAUGAAGCCAUCAUGAAUCCUCCUGCCACAAUGCUGUAUGAUUGAUCUGUACAUUUGGAUUUCAAAUUGUCG